GUCAUUGUCUUUGUUCUUCGUGUUUGUGUGAAAUAUAAAGCAGCUCUUUAAAACUUCAUUUAAAUUUUUUUAACCUCAAACUUUAAAAAUGGAUGUUUCGGAGCAUCGUACCGCUCAAGUAUCGCAAGUUAAAGAUGAAUUAGCCGAAAAGGUUCAAAAAUUAUUUAAAUCAUUUCUGUUGGAAUUUGUUGACGAAUCGAAAACAAAUGUGACGCCAAAAUAUUAUGAUGAAACGUUGGCAUUGAUCAAACCUGAACGUAACACUUUGUUCGUUGAUUAUCGUGAUUUAGUCAAUUAUAAUCAAAAUCUGGCGAAUGAUAUUAAAACCGAUUUUUAUCGUUUCUAUCCAUACCUAUGUCGUGCGUUGGUUUCAUUUAUCAACGAUGAAAAACAACAAACAAUGGAAGGAAUGGACCAAAUCACUUCGCGAUUGAUCAUGAAUAAAGAAUUUUAUAUCGGUUUCUAUGGCAUUGCUGAACGAACUAAACUUCGUAGUUUAAGAGCAAUUAAAUGUUCACAACUGGUCAAGAUUGUCGGACAAGUUGUUCGAACACAUUCUGUCCACCCGGAAUUGAUUUCUGGAACAUUCGAGUGUAUGGAUUGUGGUACCGAAAUUCCAAACGUUGAGCAACAAUUUAAAUAUACAUUGCCCACGAUUUGUCAGAAUCCAAUGUGUAACAAUCGAGGCAAAUUCCGUUUACUAUUGCACAAAAGUCGUUUUGCUGAUUUUCAGAAAUUGCGUAUCCAAGAACUUCAAUCUGAUUUACCUAGAGGUUCGAUUCCUCGUAGUAUCGAUGUCAUUAUUCGUGGUGGUGAUCGUGUGGAAUGUGUUCAACCGGGCGAUCGUGCCGAUUUUAUUGGAUGUUUAAUCAGCGUGCCUGACAUUGCUCAAAUGAUUGCUGGUUCAGCAGGAUUAAUCAAAUCUGAUAGUGGUGCUACUGGUGAUGGUAUUCGCGGUCUUAAAGCUUUAGGUGUACGCGAAAUGACACAUAAAUUGGCAUUCAUGGCUUGUUCUGUCAUUUUGGAAGGUUCCGAAUUGCCGAUCCAACUAGAAGAACGUCAACGAUCUGAAUCGGAUGAUUUAGAGCAGAAUUUCAUGAUGUUCAAAGAAGUUGAUUUACAUCGCAUAGAAGAAAUGUCUCGGGAUAAAAACCUGUUCAGCAACCUUGCCAAAUCUGUUUUUCCUUCGAUUUUUGGUAAUGAUGACAUUAAAAAAGGUAUCAUUCUUCAAAUGUUUGGUGGUACUCCAAAAAUUACUGAAGAAAACACCAAUCUUCGUGGUGAUAUAAAUAUAUGUAUCGUUGGUGAUCCAAGUACAGCUAAAUCCCAAUUUUUGAAGAUUGUAACAAAUUUUGCACCCACCAGAGCCGUUUAUACCAGUGGCAAAGCAUCGACAGCUGCCGGUCUUACGGCAGCUGUUGUUCGUGACGACGAUGGAGGGUUCGUUAUUGAAGCUGGAGCUUUGAUGCUCGCUGAUCAAGGAAUUUGUUGUAUAGAUGAAUUUGACAAAAUGGACAUCCGUGAUCAAGUCGCCAUUCACGAAGCAAUGGAACAACAAACUAUUUCGAUAACGAAAGCUGGUGUCAAGGCUACAUUGAAUGCUCGUGCUUCAAUUUUAGCUGCUGCAAAUCCUAUCAAUGGAACUUAUGAUCGAACAAAAUCCUUGCGAAAAAAUCUUUCUUUUUCAUUGCCUAUCAUGUCUCGUUUUGAUUUAUUUUUCGUAUUGUUAGAUGAAUGCAAUGAAACCGUCGAUUAUGCUAUUGCCGACAGAAUUAUUGAUCAACAUCUUCAAUCUAGUGGGGCAAAACCUGCCAAUAGUGAUGAUACGGUGUAUUCAAUGGAUGAAGUUCGGAUGUAUAUUAAAUUUGCCAAACAAUUCAAGCCCAAAAUGACUCUGGAAUCCGAAAAAUAUCUAGUGGAAACAUACAAGCAUCUGAGAUUGAAUGGUUGUGGUGAAACAGGUGGUGGUGUUUUCAAAAAUAACAAACAAUCAUGGCGAAUCACUGUUCGUCAAUUAGAAUCAUUGAUUCGAUUGUCCGAAGCCAUUGCUCGCCUUUAUUGUUCAAAUAUUGUCGAAGUGAAACAUAUAAAAGAAGCAUCACGUUUAUUGAGCAAGUCUAUCGUUAAAAUUGAUCAACCAGACAUAAGUUUGUUGGAGGAAGUGUCACAAUCUGAUCCCAAUGAUGAUUCUCAAAAUUUGCCACAAUCUCAGAAUGAAUCGUUAAGUUGCCUGAAAAUAUCAUAUGAAAUGUAUCAGACAAUAACCAACAUGUUGGUCAUCCAGCUACAACGAGAAGAAGCGAGAAUUGAAGCCGGUGAAAGUGAAGGUUUUCGUAAGUCACAACUCAUCGAAUGGUACUUGGAACAGAUUGUAGGUGAUAUUGAAACCGAAACUGAAUUUUUUCAGAGGAGAAUGAUAUGUGAAAAGAUCAUUGAUAAAUUAAUCACUAUUGAUCAUAUUCUUAUUGAGCUCAAAUCUCCUGAAUCACAAGAAAUGGAAGCAGAACAAGAAAAAGUUGAGCCUGAUAAUAUUCUUGUCGUACAUCCUGAUUAUGUAAUUGAUGAUAUGUGAACAAUUUUUUUAUAAUUUCAAAUUGAAUGAUUUUAAAAUAAUAUCAUGACUAGUUUUUAUUCA